AUGCCGCGUUUGCCGCACUUCGGUGCGCUGUGCCUCCUGCUGCUGUUGCGCCUGUGGCAGGCGCUGGGUCUGGCGCCGCUCAGCUUUAGUUGGGGGCGUGGCGCACGCUGUCGCCGCCUGGUGACGGCCAGCGCCUGGCUGCACUGGCUCGGCCUGUUGGCGCUGUCGCCGCUGCUGCUGCGCCAGAGCCUGGCCCUCUACGAGGCGACUAACGUGAAGCACUCGACCCUGUUCAAGCACAUCGCGCUGGCCACGAUGGCCGGCGAUGUUACCAUAUCGCUGGCUCUGCUGGGCGCCCACGUCUGGCAGCGCCGCCGCCUGGCCCGGCUGUUGAACGGGCUGGCGCGCCUGCAGCGCCGGCACACGCUCAGCUGGCCGGCCUCGCUGCUGAUGUGGGCCAAGCUGCUGCUGUCGCUGUACGAGCUGCUCUGCAACGUGCCCUUCCUGCAGCAGAACGCCGCACGGCUGCCCUGGCUGCAGCUGCUGGCGUACGGCAUCCAGCUCUAUGUGCAGCACAUGAGCAGCGUCUUCGGCAACGGCGUCUUCGGUGCGCUGCUCCUCCUGCUGGGUUGCAUGCAGCAGCUGGAGUGGCAAUGGCAGCAGCCGGAUGCCGCGUGUCAGCAGCGCCGACUCCUGCGACGCGAGAGGCGUCUGUUGCGGGUCUGCGACGACUUCGUCGGCGUCCUGCAGCUGGGCAUCUUCCUGCUGGUCAUUGGCAAUUUCAUCAACAUUCUGGCCAACAUGUACGCCUACAUGUCGUACUUUGUGGAGCGGCACGGCAUCCCCCUGACCAUAUCGAACUAUUGUGCGAUUGUCGCCAUUCAGCUCUACGCCCUCAUCCUGGCCACGCAAAUGUGUCAGGAGCAGCACAGGAAGCUGCGCAGUCGUAGCCUGGAGCAAUGCUAUGUGCCAGAGCAGUUGACCGAGGAGCAGGCUGCGCUGCCAACGCCGCUGCUGAUGUGGCCCCUGGACAAUCUGAAGUUCUCCAUUUUGGGCCUCUUCAAUUUGGACAACGCCUUUUGGCUGUUUCUCGUCUGCUACGCCGUCAAUUUCAUUGUCAUCAUUUUGCAGUUCACCGUGGAAAAUAUAAAGCGAUAGAAAGCUUUCUUUUUGGUUUGCGUAUUGGCUUAGCGAUGACAGCUACCACUGCAGCUGGCGCCAUCUAUAGUUCAUUGUUGCGCUUGUCUUUAAUCUCAUUUUUAUCGCUUCUUUUUUUUUUUUUUUUUUUUUUUUUUUUUUUGCUUUUUUGAAUAGACGCAUAAACUGGAUAAGAAAGUGGCCAAAAUUCAUAAACCACCCAGCGUAGGAAAAGAAAAAAAAAACUAGUUGCUGCAAAA